CCGGAGGAGCAGCCGCGGCCCCGCGGAGCCGCCCGAUGCCCCCGUUCCAGUGGUGCCACGGGUGCCCCUGCAGCCCGGGGCUGGUUCGUGGCGGUGAACCCUGCACGAUGCCGCCCAUCCCCUUCCAGGACCUGCCCCUCAACCUCCUCAUGGCCAUCCUCGGCACCGGCAUCUUCAUCUUCGUGCUCUGCCUCAUCUUCUGCUGCUGCUUCAUGGGCAAGCUGCGGCAGCAGGCGCAGAGCGAGAGCUUCGGGUACAAGGAGGUGGUUCUGAAAGGGGACGCUCGCAGGCUGAACGUGCACGGGGUGCCUGCUGAAGUGGCUGCAGGUUCGCUGCGUGUGCCCCAUGUGCAACGAGCCCCGCAAGCAGCCCCGCGCCGCCAUCGGGACCCUCCUGGACGAGCUGGUGUGAGGCAGCCCCGCGGCCGGAUCGCAUCCUGCGGGAUCCAUCGGGAUCCACCGGGAUCCACUGGGAUCCACCGGGAUCCACCCCACCUGCCCGCGGUCCCUCUGCGGGGAUCCCCAGGUUCCCGGUUGGGAUUCUCACCGCGGCUCCCUUUGGGGUUUGUCCUCGUCCGGGUUGUGCUCCCCGCGGAAUUCCCGGCGGGAAGCUGAGCCCCGGGCUGCGGGUCGGGGUCCUCUUCCCCCCCUUUGCUGCAGGGAGUUGUUUUUGUAUCCCCCGAGCCCCUGGGGAUCCCCGCGGGGCAGAGGGAUUGUCUCGGGGCUUGUGCUGCUCACAGUGACCCCCAGAUGGGUCAGAAAAUCUCUUUCCCCAGCCCGGUGGUGGAAAAAGGAGUCAGGAUUCUUCUAUUCUCGUUCUCAAGGUUGUUUAUUGUUUGUUAUCUAUAAAAUUCUUUCUCCUGUCCAGCCAAGCAGGUCAGUCAGAGGCACACUGACACCCUCAGGGCGGUGUUAUCUUUUUAUACUAAAAACUCCAUGUACAAUAUUUACCAUCACUUCCCAAUCCCCAUCACCCCUGUUGGACACUGAGCUUCUACUCUAAACCCAUCCAAAAGCACCAUCACCCAGGAGAUGGAGGCCAAGAAGAAGGAGAAAGGCUGGACACGCCCAGAUUCCUCCAUCUUGCCCCCUGAGCCCCCAUUCUAAAACCCCAAAAAUCAAUUUUUCACCCCAUGACAAACUAAUUAUUAUUCUACUGAGACUUCUGUGGCUUGCAGAUCCUCAAAUAAGGUUGGUAAUUUUUUCCAUGGGUCACAAUCAAAGUCUCAGGGGUCUGGGGCUCUGUGCCAGGGUCUUGAGCCCCCUGGCAGGGUUUGGGCAGUCCAGGACAGCCAGAGGGAUGUCCUGAAUUCCUGAAUUCUGUACAGUUUGAGUCCAAAAAAUUAUUAAAUGGAUGAUUUUUA